AAGACUGUGAAUUACCGUGGAGCUACCUUGCUUCCUUACAGGGCUGCUGUUUCGUACCACACCUAGUCAUUAGAAUCAAUAAUUGUCCUGCAGUUAAUGUUUGAGCUGCUGAAUCUCUGAGGGCAAGUCUGAGGAACUAUAAACUGGAUAAGCACAGACAGACAUCAGCAAGCUGUGCAAAGGUGAUUCCCACAGCUGAAAGAAAGAAGCAUUUUUGCAGCAAAAUAAGCUUUUCAUGUUACAGGAGCUGAAGCAAAGCAUAUUCCAGUAUGCUUAAGCUGUGUGGACUUCAAUUUCUGCUUCUCAUUCACUUGGCUAUGUGGCUCAGUCUGGAGGGCCUGAGAGUAAGUGGGCCUCUGAAGGACAUGGACUUCUCUGUUCAAGAAGGAGGGGGUCCACGCAUCCUUCACCAGUUCAAACUUGAGCCACCUGCUGUGAGUUUCAACAUGUCUGGUGAAAAAGCUGGAAUUAUUGACAUUGAGCCGAGGACAGGAAUCCUGUACAUCAAUGGGUCUCUGGACUGGGAGACCCAAAAAGUGCACAAGCUGCAGGUGGAAAGUCUAGAUGAGAGUGGAAAGAGAGUUAAAGGUCCAUAUAAUGUUACAAUAUAUGUGGAGGACAUCAAUGACAACCCACCAGAAUUUAACCAGACAAAGUACUACGGAGUAGUGAGGCAGAACUCUCGUCCAGGCAAGCCCUUCAUGUAUGUCCAUGCCACUGACCGUGAUGAUCCUACAACUCUCCAUGCACAGCUGUCCUAUAGCAUUCUCCAUCAUUUUCCCAACCCUUAUGAGGAAAUGCUUUUCCAGAUUGAUAAUGCAACUGGAGCAAUCUCACCAAGCAGGAAAGGCUCUUAUUACUUGGAUCCUCAAAAGCAGGACACCUUCAUACUUGUUGUCUCCGUGAGGGAUAUGGCAGGGACGACACCGAAUGCUUUCACCAGCAGUGUUGAUGUGAUCAUCACUGUGAAGGAGAGCCUGUGGAAAGCUCCCCCCAUCAUCUACAUCAAAGAAAACUCAACCCAAGCCCACCCUGUCAACAUCAGCAAGGUGCAGUCAAAUGAACCAGGUGUAAUUUAUGGCAUUUUUGAAAAAGAAAAGCUGCCAAGGCUCCCAUUUUCCAUCAGUGAGAAUGGGGAUAUUUAUGUGACCCAACCAUUGGACAGGGAAGAAAAGGAUACUUAUACAUUCUUUGUGGUGUCGAAAGAUAACACGGGAGAGCUGGUGGACAAGCCUUUGCAAAUUCAUGUUAUUGUGGAAGACAUCAAUGACAAUCCCCCUGUGUGUCAGCAGGACCUCACCAUAAUUGAAGUUCAAGAAAAUGAAAAGGGAGGGAGUAACAUUGGCUCUGUGUUGGCUACGGACAUGGAUAAGAAGGACACCCUUUACUCUCGUCUGCAUUUCCAAAUCCAAAGUCAGGAACCUCAAUUUCCCUCAAGGAAUCUCUUCUAUAUUCAGCAAGACACCGGGACUUUGCAAUUAACUGGCCCUUCCUUAAGCAAGCGUGAUUCAGCCAAGUAUUUCUUGAAGGUCCUGGUGACAGAUUCAGCAUUCGAAACAAUCUGUAAUGUGGAAGUACAUGUCAUCGACAUCAAUGAUCAAAUUCCCAUCUUUAAAAAUUCAGAUUAUGGUAGUGUGACUGUGGCAGAAGAUAUCCCAAUAGGAAGUAUGAUAUUAGAAAUCGAAGCAACUGAUGGAGAUGAGCCUGCCACAGGGAGCUCCCUCAUCAUCUACCAAGUGAAGGAAGGUGAUCCAAACAACACGUUCACCAUAGAGACAGACGCUGAAACAAACCGAGGGUUCAUCAAGAUUAAAGAGGCUCUUGAUUUUGAAACAAUGCCUGUGUACAACCUGGUGAUCAAUGCCACAAACCCCGAACCGCUGGUGGAAGGUGUGCAGUACAACUCAAGCUCUUUUACCGUGUUGAAAGUUUUUGUGACAAAUGUGGAUGAGCCACCUGUUUUCCAGAAGCCAGUUUACAAAACAGAAGUGUCUGAAGACAUUCCUGUCAAUACCUUGGUCAUGACGGUGGAGGCCUAUGAUCCUGAAGGGGAUUCUGUACGAUACUCCUUGGAAGGUGAUGUGAGAAAAUGGCUGAGAAUUGAUUCAGGCACUGGGCAGGUAUACACUGCUUCCCCUUUGGAUCGAGAAACUGAAGAAAUAUACUCAAUAGAGGUUGUUGUAUCAGAGCAAAAUAAUGCAGCUCAGAAAUCCAAAGCGUUCCUGGUUCUACACUUACGUGAUGUGAAUGACAACUACCCAGAAAUAGCUAAGGAUUAUCCUACUUUCUUCUGCUACCCGGUCAGGGGAGGAGAGAGAACUCUCAUUCAAGCUACUGAUGCUGAUGAACAAUUAUUUUAUUCAAAAUUUACUUUUUCCCUUGCGGAUGAGAUGAAUGCAAGAAAUAAUUGGGAAAUCUCAAAAUUCAAUGCUACUCAUGCUUACCUGUCCCCAAAACAUGCUAACUUUGAAGAGAAGGUGUAUGAUGUUCCAAUAAUACUUAAUGACAAUGGAAAACCGCCUUUGGAAAACAAAGUGAAUCAUAAAGUAAGCAUCUGCAAAUGCUCCAUUGAAAAUUCAUGUUUUAUCGAAAUAGACCGUGAGCACUCCUGGCCAACUGUCGGGCAGGCAAUUGGGAUUCUACUUGCGGUCCUGAUCAUCAUUGGUGCCAUUUUAGCGGGUGUGUUUUGCCACAUGAGAUACAAAGAGAAAAAUAAGAAGAGCGAUCCCAAGGAUGCAAAAGAUAAUGCUGAACUCAACAGACUGACUUAAUGGCUGUUUCAUCAAGAGACAAAACUGCCCUUUGGGUUGUGAAUGAGUGAACUGUGAAGCUUCCAAAGCCCAGAGAUGUACUGUCACAAACACGAUAAAAACAUGCAAAAGUAUACUCCCAGGGGUUUGGCCUCACUUUUGUACAUAAUACUAUUUAGUCACAAACAUAAAACAUAUGUAACCUUUAGCAGCAGCCAUUGGUAAGCUUAUCAGCUUUGACUAAAGUGUUAACUCAUGACAACACCAAAUGUUGAGCUCCUUCAGGGAUCUAUACAUGGGACCAUUCUCCUUCAUCUGACAGCUGAAGUAAAUAUGGACUUUACAGAGGACUACAUUUUGUUGACCUGCACAUAUUUGUCUUUUUCCAACUCAGUAAGUCACUGAACAGGAGACUGGGGAAUAGUCCUGUGCUACAUUUGAAGAUACCCCAUGAAGUUGUAGGAAUCUCUCUGACUCUCAGCAAAAAGGAGAUCCGAAACUUAUUGCACUCUGUAAUCUGCCAUGGGCCGUGCCUACUUACAUUGCACUGAAUUUGUACUAUCAAUGUGGCAUUUCAACUUUUUGUUUUUGAUAUCCCAUAGAGUAAAACCAGUUUGUGAAGCAUCAUGGUCUUUCAUUACAGUUUCCAAGUCAAAAAAACUCUAUGCCGAGUCAUGUAGGUAAUAUGCUGUUUCAUCACACUGCUGCAAAUAUUGCUCUUGCCCCCUACACAUAAGAUAAGAAUAAAAAUGUUCUU